UCAGUCUCGUCUGCUACCGCUGCUGUGUUCUGCUGCUGCGUUUGAAUAGCCUAUGGAAUAGCCGGUUGACCUUUAAAACCGCAUGUUCCUUAUUCUCUUCGUUGACAGUUUGUAAAUGUGACCGACUGUCCAGUGGUACAUUUGUGAAGAGGAAACCAUUUCGAGAUUCGCAUCAAGUCGAUCAACUGCAAUCAAAUGCUUCAGAAAAGCCGGGUCAGAAGGGGCUUCCUGAGCACCGCCUUGGCCGUCGCAACAGUUGCGGAAGUUGUUGCCUUUUGUGGUUGCUACUACUACUACAGACGCCUCAAUCGCUCACAAGAGUACCGAUACUGGAUGUACCAGAACUUCAGGCCUGGUCUUGAAGCAUACUACAAGACUGGAGCUAUGUUUGGUGACAAUGCGGUACGCAUGUACGACUACAAGACCUGGGGCAUUCAAGAGUGAGGGCCAGUAGUAGCUGCACUGCCAACAUGGGGUCCUUAGAGGUAGAAGGUGACAGUGGCCGACCUCAACACGAGCGUCACCUCAGCCUCCUGGCCAACUUCAGCCGAGCCAUGCGGCAGCUCGAGCAGCUCCUGGACGCCGAUGG